GCGUACUUCGAUGGCAGUUCUGUGGGUCGUUCGCCCAUUGAACUCUUUCAUUUGUAUUCACCGGAGCUGAAGAAAGGUUUCUUUGGACCCCCUUUGGCUGGGGACCUCAGUAAGAAGACCCCGGAUCCGGAGUCAAUGCUUAUGGAGGAGGUGCGGGUGUCAAGCGCUUGCACGGGGGCCUACACCGCUGAGCUAGCUUUGGGCGUGGUCGAGAAGACUAUCAAUGAUUCUGCCUUUCUCAGUCGAAGGGUGGAACCUGGGCAGCCCAUCGAUUUGUCUCCUUUGCUUACCGAACGGGAAUUUGGGGUGGUCCAAUCCUUGAGUCAGACUUUCAGGGACGAGUUCGGCCAGGAAUUGCGGAAAAUUUUGGAGCGUCAGCUCCAAACGAUGGCUGACGCCACGGGAGAAGCUAAGUUCCCUGGGGUUCCCCGUGACGGAAGCCCAGAGUUUGGCAAUGGGCGUUUGCAUUCUCCCAGUGACGGAGAACUCCAGUGGCCAGGUGGAUACGUUGUGGGCCUGGCACCAGAUAGGACCGUUCCCAAAGCAAAGGCGACGCCAGUGCCAAAAGCCGCUGAUGCGAAGAAGCUGCCCUCCAGAGGGAACAUGGGGCAAUUUUCUGCCUACCAGCAUCGAACUAAGAACCACCACCUGAUCGAGUGGCUGGACAUUGCAGACCCGACGUUCCUGGGAAUGGAUGUGACCAAGGAUCUCGACCGCCCACACUUGAUGAAUGAAUAUUUGAGGAGAGGGGAACCAGCCAAAUCAACCAGAUGGACCCCUGGGGAGAUUUGCUUGUUCAUGAAGCACCGGUUGAGCAAGCUCCAGCCACAUGACGACAUUGGGGUUUUUGCCCACAGGCUACCAAGGUCCAUGGGCAUCACACCAGCCCCAUUCCCCGUCCCUGUUCUUGAGUGGGAAAAGGAGCAGAGGAAGAACCCCAGCACUGCGAAGAGACAUCCUCCCCCACCCCCAGCUGAGACUGAGAGGAAGGCCAAAAGCCGCAGAUCUGAGCCUGAGACCCUUCCGAGCAUCAUCCCGACACAGGGGUACAAAGCCGAGUGGGACAAAACCAAGAAGACAUGGUUUCUCAUGCACGCGGACAUGGAGCAGAAGGUUCCGGUUGAGACCUCCACGAAGGCGAAACCAAAAAUCUACUUGGAUGAGAGUGGAAGUAACGAGGUGGUGUGGGGUGGUGGGGACUUGGCUCCCUACUACUGCCAGACUUUGUUUGAAGACUUCCGAGCCAGUCAACAGAAAAGCACCAAACCCAGUAUGAUGCCCAUGGCUUCACGGCCAGUACAGGCCAUGAGAGGGAUGACCCAAGCAGCCAGUGCAGCGCCAUCUCUUGAGACUCUUGAUGAUCAGAAGGAUGGCGAUGAGCGAGUGCCAGAAGAUGGGGAUCCUGAUGAUGUGCUUUCGACCGAGCAUGAGGAAUCAGAAGAAGAAGCGCUUGAUGGGGAAGCUUUGGAGGACACUCCGGAGACGGUGGAGAUGGCCGCCCCGCCUGAGCCACCCAUUUGGGAACGCCCCUUUCUGCAAGAGCUUGGCGGGAAGUUUGGGACAGUGAUGGUCGAUCCGGUGAAGGAGGUGUUCAUUCCCUUGAAAAAGGGUUGUCCAGACUACCACAUUACCCCUUCCUUCGUGGAUGGACAACUGAGGGGGUACGUGGUGGACAGUGCCAGUCAUGGGUAUGGAGUUACGCCAUACUGGAGUCACAUGCUGGCAUCGAGUCGUCGUGCGCAGGAGGCAUCAAAGAGCACGGAAGUGCAGGGCCAGAUCGCCGCACUCAAGAGCCAGAACCCAUCCACAGCCGUGCUGCCCCCAGGCACGCCGCACACACCGAAGCAGCUCGUACGAAGGACACCUAAGACAACCCCAAGCCCAAAGACACACGCCAGCCCCUUCAGAGCCAUGGGGGCCAUUCCGGGCACCGGGGACGAGAAGACGGAGGGUCUUGAGGAUCAAAAUGCUGAAGCAGAGGAGCCACGGCCCACUGAUGCAAAAGGAUUGGAGGAGGAGAUUGAAGAGACAAAGGAUGAUGAGAAGGAAGAAGAGGCCAAUGAAGAGGCCGAUGACAAUGAAGAGGCCAAUGAAGAGGCAAGACAGUGGAGAAUGACAACUGAGAGUUUCCGCAGAUCACCUGGAUUCAUGGCCCAGGCUCGAAUUGGAGCAGCUCUGCAGGAAAUCGGAAACGAGCAGUGCUUUGAGCGCUGCAUUGACAGAUUCCACGAGUCCGGUGACGGAUGUGAUUCCUUGAGAAACAUGGCCACCCGGCCUUCGGACUGUCGAGACCGCCACGCAGCGUGCAAACUGUUCGCAUUGCAUUCGAACCAACAAUGGGCACAGUGGCUUGAUGGAGCAGACCCGAACAUCUUGAAGGACAGUGACCAGUUGAAGCUGACGCGUCAGGACUUAGCCCUUUUGGUCGCAUUUGCAACUGGGUGGGCUCCGUUCGCCACAACUCCACAGAACAUGACCAAGCAGGAGGAUCUCGUGGAGGCUGCUGCAGUAGAAUACAAGAGCAGGGGGAGACCUGCACGAGCUACCAAAUGGUCAGCAGUUGAAAUCAUUCGAUUCAUGAAAUGGAAAGCGCCCAAACCAAAACCUGAUACCCAUGUUUCCGCUAUUCCUCAGACAUUCCCCUCAUCAGGCUAUGAGUUGACUUUUCAACCACAGUCAAUUCGUCCGUGGGUUCUGCAGCACCCAGACCAUUCUUUCGGGUUGGAAUUGGUGGAUGAUGAAUACGAGCUAUACCAAGAUAGUAACGGAGAGGAUGUCAUUAUGGGCAAGAACACCGGCCCCAGUUACUGCCAAGAUCUCAUGAUUGCAAGCAGAAGCGGACAAUGGCGCGAUUCUGCCCCUCGGCUUCUAGAAGUGACACAGUUGAAAUCACAAUGCCACAGCCAGGAGCCAUGA